AUGGCUUCCGCACGCGUAUUCGUAUCCAUUCCGCGCUUCCUCUUGCCGCGAGGCGUUGUGCCAGUUCGGCCAUCCUCAUUGUCGUCUGCUUCUCCGCAGCAACAGCUCAUUCGACAUUCGGGCUUCUCUCGCGGCUAUGCAUCGUCUCGAGCACGAGCUACACCGUCGUCGUCGUCGUCGGGGUCCUCUGGUUCUUCUUCGUCGUCGAGCGGUAACAACCAGCGACUGCUGGAGAAACCUACACGCUUCAACCCGCCGUCCCAUCCCGCGCGGCUGCCGUCCCGACGCUCAAUGCCUCGAUCAUACCCCGGUCCGCCAUUGAGCGCAGGCGAACAGCAGGCUCAACAGACGCGCAAGUAUCCGCAUAUGAUGCCCACUGAGGGCACGUUCAUGCAUUGGUUCUUGACGAAUCAGUUGCUUCAUCUCUGGAUUACACUGGGCACACUCCUCUCCCUCGCAUUCUUCACGUUCAUGUCGAAUUUCAAAGAAAGGUCUCCAUAUGCAGACUUGCUCCCCGCGGGCCGAGAGUACUUUUCCCACCCGUUGCAAACCAUGGGCCGUUUGCUUGAAAUAUACAAGCUCCAAAUGGCGUAUAAUACUGAGAAAUCUGUUGCACGCCGCGAGGCUAUCAGCGAGGACGCCUACAAACGCAGCGAAUACCUCAAGGCGCAUGGUCUCGAGAACGAAGGCCGUUUCGGCGGAUGGUCAGCAAGAGAGGACAGGAGGCCAGCGUCGUUGAAACCGCUUUCUUCAUCUUCGGAUCCUGAAGCUGCAGCUGCAGCAUCUGCCCCGGCAGCCGAAGCAGAAGCUACAGCGGACGAGUCCAAGCCCUGGCGGUGGUCGCGCUUGAUUGGAGGUGUUAAAACGGGAGGAGAAGGAGAAGGACAGGCUCCUCAAGCUCCUACACGUACGGCUACGGCUGUUUCUGAUGGUGGCGACGAGAAUUCCCCGGCUGCCCCCGUCACACCAGAGGACAACACCCCACGUGAACUGACGCCCGAAGAAAAGAAAGCUGCAGAAGAUGCGCUUAUCAAGGCCCAAGAGGAGGAAGAAGAUCGCCGCAUCGCAUUGAGCAUUUGGGGGAGGAAGCAGUAG